AUGUCUCAUAAUAAUAUGAAAGAAAAUGCUUAUAUAAAUAAUCCAGAGUUUCCAUUCAAGAAGCUCAAUAUUGAAAAAAUAGAAAAGAUAAGGAAAAGUGUAAGCUUAUGUAAUAAAUCAGGAAUAAAUAAUUCCAAGAGUAGGGAACACUCAUUGGAUAAGAAAGUUGCUGAUAAUGUAAAAAAUAAAGAUUUGGAAAGAAUGAAUUCAUGUACAUUAAGUAAAAAUGUAAAUAAUAAAAAUAAAAAAAAAAAUUUUAUUGAGAGAAAUAUUGAAAAAAUAUCCAUGUUAAGUAAAAAAAAUAACAUGUUUAUAAAAUCUGUAAAAAAUUGUAAUAGAAAACAUAUUAUUGGUUAUGACGUACAAAAAGAUGAUAACACAAUAGAUAUGAAACAAAAUAGAGUUAAGAAAAAUUAUGAAUUGUUCAGAAGAAAUGUAUCAACUAAUUCCAAACGCGAUACAUUUACAAGUGAUGAAAGGAAUAAUGACAUAAGUAAGAAAAAAUCUGAAUUAAAAAAGAAUAAUAUAACAAAUAUUGAUGAUUAUAAUGGUAAUAAUAAUAAUAAGGAGAAGAAGAGUACUAAGAAUAUUUAUAAUCAUAAAAAUUCUUCAUAUAAUAUAAAUCAAAAGGGAAAUUCAAAAGUUAAUGAUAUAUCUUUUGAGAGUUCCAGAAAUUUGGAUACUACAUCAAGUAUUAAUUAUAAUCAGAAGACGAAAAAAAAUAUUUAUGACCGCAGGACAUUAAUGAGACGACAAAACACUCUUUUAAAUGAAGAUGUGGAUAAUAAAUGUGUCAAAGGUAAUUUGAAUACUCAUGCCAAAAGUAAGAAAGAUAUAAACGAAUUUAACAUUAAAGAGAAUUAUGAUGGUGAUAAUAAUGAUAAUGAUGGUGAUAAUGAUGGUGAUAAUGAUGGUGAUAAUGAUGGUGAUAAUGAUGGUGAUAAUGAUGGUGAUAAUGAUGGUGAUAAUGAUGGUGAUAAUGAUGGUGAUAAUGAUGGUGGUAAUAAUGAUUAUGAUGAUGAUAAUAAUAAUAUUGAGAAACAUGCAAGACAAAUAAAUAGUAGGCAAAAUAAAGAGAGAUGUAGUGCUGUGAGAAAAAAUAUACAAGAAGUAAAUGAAGACACUGGUCCUGUAAAUGAACAAAGUGAUGAUGAUAAUAAUAAUAAUAUGAAUGUUAUUAUAAAUAGAAACAUUCGUGAUGACAAAAAUAAUGAAAUGGAAAAAAUAAAAUUGAAUGAAAAUUCAAAUUUAAUAUUAUCAUAUAAUGAUAUGGUUAUGCAUGAUAAAAAAAGAAACCUUGGUGAUUUUGAAAAUAUGAAAGGGUUAGAUGAAACAUAUAAACAAGUCGAUUUUUAUCCCUCUAAAUAUAAUUUAAAAGAUAAAAAUAUUAAAAGCAAUAACCAUAUACAUAUUAACAAUGAAUAUUAUAUUAAUCAAGAUAAUCAUAAGGAAUAUUCUUAUGAUAAUAAUUUUUAUAAAACUAAUAUUUCUAAAGAAAUGAAAAGUUCAAAAGAAUAUCUUUCUGAUAGUGAAUUAAGCAAAGAUGAUUAUGAUAUGACAAUUGAUAAAAUGAAUAGAAGGAAAAAAUCGGAAUCAAUAAGUAACCAUGAAAUUUAUAGUGUACAUGAAGAAAAGAAAAAUUAUAUGAAUAAUACAAAUGAUAAGAAUAUUAAUUUAAAUAAUUCUGAAUCAUAUGAAGAAAUAAAUGAUAACUUUUCUAAACCGACCAGUUCUAAUGAUAAUUCAUCUGUAGGUAGAAUAACAAAUGAUACCUUGAGUAGUGGGAAGAAUUAUAAAAAUUUACCAAGAAACAGUGAAAUUUGUAAAAAGAAUGUGACUAAUGAUUAUAUAAAUUUUAUUAAUAAUGUUAGUGAGAAUUUAUUAAUUUCGGAGCAAGAUGAUGUCGAAGAUUUUUAUUCAUCUUCUGAUGAAAACUAUAAGAAGAGAUCAAAUAUUCAACAUAAUAAAAAUAAUGAAAAGUUUAAUAAAUCUAAUGAUAGCCAAUUUUAUAGGAAUAAAAUGUAUGCGUUAAAUAAUCAAUUAAAUGAUAAUAUAUAUUUAGAUGAUGAGAAGAAGAAGGGAACAAAUUAUGAAUUACAAAUAUUAGAACAAAAUAAUGAUGAUGGAAUGAGAAAAUAUAAAGACACACAAUUAAAUGAAUUGACUAAAAAGACCAAAGAUACGUAUGAAAAUUCAAAUUGUGAAUUGAAUAAGAAUACAUUAUCAUAUGAUAAAGAUGUAGAACAUAUUAAUUGUACAGACAAUCCAUAUGAUAAUUAUAAUAAUUCUUAUAUACAAGGAGAAGAAAAUGUAUAUGGAGAGCAAUAUGUAUGUGAUGAUUCUAGGGUGGGAAAUAAUAUAGAUAGAUAUGAUAAUUUAAAAAGUUAUAAACAAAUAACAAAUUUAGAAAAAAAUCACAAUGUUGAUAAUUUAAUUGAAGAAAGAGAAAAUGUGUAUAAUCAUAUAAGUGACCAAAUAUACUUUAAUAAUGAGAUUCAGAAAGAUGAAAAGGAUAUUCCUAAAAAUAUACUAGUUAAUAAUGUUGUAAAUAUGGAAGAACAAAAAAAAAUGUACAAUGAUCGAGAUAAUUUGAAAAAUGUAUAUGACGAUUCUUAUUAUGAAACAAUUAAUAAUGAAUAUAAAAUACAGAUUAAUAAAGAGAAGAAAAAUAAAUUUUUAUGUAGCUCGAACGAUACAUACAAUACAGACAUAGUAAAAAUGUAUAAGAGGAAAUUAUCCUUUGGUAAGGAUAAUAAAAAAGAAAAUAAAUUAUUAAACAAAAAUAUGAUAUUGAAAGAAAUUUUUGGUUCAAACUAUGAAUCUAGUUUGAAAAACAAUAUGAAUGAUUCUGUUAAUAAUGUGGAAGCUGGUGUUGAUGUAAAAGGUAACCAUGAAGAAGGACAUGAUGAUGAUACUAAUGAGUUGGAGGAUCUAGAGAAUGAUGUAAAGGGUGAUGAAGAGAAUGAAGAGAUUGAAGAAUACAACGAAGACAUAGAACAACAAAAUGAUUACCUAGAAGACGAGGACGUAGUAGAUAAAGAAGAUGAAUUGGAUGCUGAAGAAGUACAAAGGUUAAGUAAUAAUUACAGUACAUUAAAUAAUAAAACUACAAAUGAUGAAUCAACCAAACAUAUAAUAUCAAGUAAAAUCAAUGAUGAAGAUUUGAAAAAGGAAAGGAUACAAAAUAUGGAAGAACAUGAAUAUAUACCAUGUGCUAGUAAUAAGUCCAUAUCAAAUAAUUAUCAUGUAUUAUCAAAAUCGGAAUAUGAUAAGAGUUCUUAUGUUUGUGAAUUAAAUAAUAAUAAUGACGAUUCUUUGCUUAAAAGAUAUGAAGAAGGUUCCUCUCCACUAAUUUUAGCGAAACCGGUUUUUAAUGAUAGAGAAAGUGAAAUUAGUGUUAAUAAACAUAUUUUAGGAAAUAGUAAUAAAAAUCUGUUUAGGGAGAAAAGAAAAAUGGAUGAUUUUAAUAAAAAACAGAAAUACAAUGAAGUAGAGAUAAAUGGGAGUGAAAAGAAUAAUUUUGUAGAUAAUACAAAAGAAAUGUUUGAAUAUAUGUCAAGGGGGUCACGUGUUUCGUUAAAUUCUGUGAAAGUGAAUAAUUCAAAUGAUAAUAGGAUAAUUAAACAGGAUAUGAAUGGAACGGAUGAAAUGGGAAAUGAAGAAGAUAUGGGAAGUGAGGAAAAUAUGGAAUAUGAAGACGACAUGCAAUGUGAGGAGGAGAUGGAAAGUAUAGAAGAAAUAAAUAAAGAGGAUAAUACCAUUGAUGAUGACACUAAUGAAGGAGAAUGUGUUAUCAUAGAAGAGACAAACGAGGAGGAAAAUGAUAACGAAGUUGAAGAUAUUUAUGAAGAGGAAGAUAUGAAUGAAGAGGAAGAUGUGAAUGAAGAGGAAGAUGUGAAUGAAGAGGAAGACCUUUAUGAUGAAGAAGAGAUUAUCCAACAAAAUAUAGAAAACGUUCAGGGUGUUCUAAGCAAUAAAACUGGAGAAUGUGAUAUGCGUAAAGAAAAAACAUAUGAAAUUGAAUCUGAAAAAUAUGGGAAAAGUAUUUCAAAUAAGUUUGAAGGUAUAUCAGGAAUUAUGAGUAAGAUGGAUGAAAAUAUAAACACUAAUGAAAGGGAGUAUAAUUUUAAGAAGAAGCAAAUAAUAGGAAUGUGGGAGAAUUUUUCUAAUUAUGAAUUCAGGAAUAAUAAAGAGAUAACUGAUAAGGAGAUAAAUUAUAUGAAUUCAUUUAAGAAUAGGUUAGGAGAACUGGAUGAAAAAAUUAGAAAUCGAAAAAGGAUAUAUGAGGAAAGGAAGGAAAUACAAAAUGAUACUACUACUACUACUACUACUAAUAAUAAUAAUAAUAAUAAUAAUAAUAAUAAUAAUAAUAAUAAUAAUAAUAAUAUUAAUAAUAAUAAUAUUAAUAAUAAUAAUAUUAAUAAUAAUAAUAAUAAUAAUAAUAAUAAUAAUAUUAAUAAUAAUAAUAUUAAUAAUAAUAAUAUUAAUAAUAAUAAUAAUAAUAAUAAUAAUAAUAAUUACUAUGAUCGUACUAAUGAUGGCAAUUUUUCUAAUGGCAAGAAAAAAAAUAUCAUGUCCAAAUAUAUAGAUAACAAUUUUUUGAUAUACAAAAGUGAUAUAUUUAAUGAGAAACCAAACGUGCGUAAUUUAAAAACCUUACCACUGAAUGAAGAAACACUGAAAACAUAUUAUGGGAAAAUUCAAAAUAGUAAGGAGAAGGGUGUUUUAUAUGAUUCGUUGAGUGAUAGUUAUAAUUAUCGAAGGAAAGAGAACAACAUGAGAAGAGGUUAUUAUAUGAAUUUAUAUAAAAAUAGAAAAGCUGAUAAUGAAGAGUGGAAGUUUAAUGAUAUAAGAAAUGGACCAAUGGAUGGCGUUUCUUUUGAUGAUGAUAAAUAUAAAAAUAGAAAAUAUUAUCAUAAAGAAAAAUAUGAAGAAGAUAAAUAUUAUGAGAAAGAAAAUAAUAAUGAAAUAAAUAAUGCUGAAAAUUAUUACAAGAAGAAAUAUAAUCAUUAUAAGCGUAAUAAUGAAGAGGAAGAAGAAGAAGAAGAAGAAGAAAAUGAAUAUAUAACAACAAAUAAAAGGAGAAGGAGGAAUAUACACGAAUUAGAUAAUAUAAUUGGUAAUAAAAAUUAUAAUAAUAUAUUUGAAAUGAAUGUAAAUUCUAGUGAUUAUGAUAGUAGUCUUCAUAAAGAUAUGAAGGAAAAAAUGGGUCACAUAAAUGAUAAAAAUAAUAAUAGUGAAAAUAAAAAAAUUAAUAGUUCAUAUAAUGAUAUUAAUAGCCAAGGUAAUAAUGAUAAUAGUCAAUAUAAUAAUAACAGUAGUCAAAAUAAUAUAUCUUAUAAUAAUAGUGUUAUCUCUAAAAUGGUAUUAUAUCCAAGUAUUAAUGAAACAACGAAUAGUAGUAAUACGGUUGUAUCUAAAAGAAGUAAAUAUAUAUUAAGACAUUCAAACGUAUCUUCUAAUUAUGAUGACGUUCCUAUGUUUUUUAAUUUUGUAAAUUGUUGUUCUAGUGUAUUAGGUUCUGAAAUUAUUUAUGUAACAGAUGAGACAUAUGGGAAAUGUGAAAAUAUAUUAAAAGAUAAACCAUUUAAUAAUAAUUCAGAGAAGGGAUAUUAUGAAUAUAUAUCAAAUGAUUUAUAUAAUAUAUUAAACAAAAAUUUAUAUAUAAAUAAUGAUAAUAAUAAUAAUAAUAAUAAUAAUGAUAGUAAUAAUGAUAAUAUUAAUCAUAAUCAAUAUGGUUAUAGCAAAUAUAAUGAAAUAUCAAGAAAUCAUUUAGACUUAUAUCAAUUUGGAGAAUUUCCAAAAGCUAAUGAAGCAAAAAAGUUUAUAAAUACAUUACAUUAUAAAUAUAUUACACCUACAAAAUAUGAAUGUCCUGGUUGGUUAACUAAAAGGAGAAUAAAGAAAUAUUUCGAUUUCUGUGUUAUAAAAUUAUGUAAACCUACAUUGAUUAAAGGAAUAGAUAUUGAUACAAAUAAUUUUUUAGGAAAUUAUGCUCCUUAUAUUUCUAUUGAAGGUGCAUAUAUUGAAGAUGAAUUACUCUUAAAUCCAUCGUCUUUUUCAAAAUAUGUAGAUGAAAUCCGAUAUGAUCAAAAAAAGAAUAAUUCUUUUAUAUUAGAAAAAAAUACAUAUUCUUAUUACACAGAUGGUUUAAACGACACAGUAAUAAAUGAUAAUGAAAAAAAGAAUGAUAAAAAUUAUAAAAAUGAUACGAAUGAUAGUAUUAUAUUUAAUAAAAACAGAAACGAUGAUAAUCACAAUAGUGAUAAUAAUAAAAAAAAAAAAGAAAUAAAUAAUAAUAAUGAUAAUAAUAAUAAUAACAAUGUAUUGAAAGGUAGAAAUGAAAUUGAACUAACAAUAGAUGGCAAAACAUAUUUUAAAAGAAAUAAAUAUUUUUAUGAACCAAUUUUAAUAGAAGCAAUGGAUAAAUCUGAUCAUGAAUAUGAAUCUUAUGUUGAAAUCUUAAGAUACAAUGAUAAUUUGAAGAAUUUAAAAAAUAAUCCUAAGUCGACAUCAUUUAUUACUAACGGAAAUGAAUAUCGUUAUAUUAACAAUAAGUUAUAUACCUUAGUCGAUGUUACUAGAGAGAUAGCUAAUAGACAUCCUAAUAUAUAUAAUAUGUGUUUGUCAAAUAAAAAUUCUUCCUUUUAUAUUUCACAAGAGGAAAAUACGGAUAUGAAUAAUAUAAAAGGAGAAUACCUUAACAAGGGGAAAAAUGAUGAUCAUAAGAAAAAUAAAGAUAAUGAUGAAGGAAUAAAUAAUAAUACUACAUGUAACAAGUGGUAUGAUAGUAUAUAUUUUAGAAAUGGAAUAAGAAAAAAUGAGAUAAAUGAAAAGAAUGUAAAUACAACACAUAAUAGAGAAAAGGAUACUUUAAAUUAUGACUAUAAUAAUUAUUAUAAUACAAGUACUCUAUUUUUAGAUAAUGAUUAUUCAGUAGAAAAACGAAUAUAUAACGAAUUACAUAAGAAAUAUCAAUGGGUAUCGAUAUUAGAAGAUGAGAGAAUGAAUCCAGGUUUUAAAAAUUAUAAUCAUAAUUGUUUUAAUAUAAAUACAUGUAAUAAAAUAUUUACUCAUUUGAUUGUAUGUUUAUUACCUGAUGGAGGUAUUAAUAAAUUAAGAGUAUAUGGAGAAAUAAAAAAUAAUGAGAAAGCAAGGAAAAAAAAUUAUAAAAAGACUAUAAAUGUUUGUAAUAUAUUAGAUGGUGCAAAUAUUGUAUAUACAACAGAUGAAUUUUAUGGAAAAUCUGAGAAUAUUUUAAUUGAUCAUAAUUCUGAAUAUGUUAUGGGAUGGCAAACAAGAAGAUCAAUUAAUCGACCUUUACGUUAUGUAGAAAAUUUAUCAUUAAAUAAUAUAUCAUCUAUUUUCUUAAAUAAUAAUUAUUGUAUAAUAAAAUUAAGUUAUAUUACUAAUAUAAAAUAUAUAGAAAUAAAUACUAUUUUUUAUGAAUAUAAUUCCCCUUUAUGUGUUUCUAUAGAUUCUUGUAAUUUAAAAGAAAUACAUCCACAGGAAAAAACAAAACAAAUACAAUUCUUUAAUGAUCAUAUUCAAAAUAUCCAAUGGGUACAAUUAUUACCCUUAUCAUAUAUUAAAGGAAAUCAUAUAAAUUUUUUUUCAAUUAAUAAAAUAUUGAACAAAACAUCCAUGAACGAUAAUCUAAUAUCAACACAUUUACGUUUAAAUAUAUAUCCAGAUGGUGGAAUUAAUACCAUAAAAGUGUAUGGUACAGUAUUGGAGGAUUAA